UAUCGGAAUAACAUCAUGUUGGCUUCCAUUUCUCCAGGACUGCUCAUGUCCAGUGGCCAAAUAUGGAAGGAACAAAGAAGGUUCGCCCUGACCACACUAAGGAACUUUGGUUUAGGCAAGAAGAGCCUAGAGGAACGCAUCCAGGAAGAAGCCCACCACCUUGCUGAGGUCAUAGCAGAGGAGAAAGGACAGCCUUUCGACCCUCACUUCAAGAUCAACAAUGCAGUUUCCAAUAUAAUUUGCUCGAUCAUCUUUGGGGAGCGCUUUGACUACCAGGAUGCUGAGUUUCAGGAGCUGCUGAGGUUACUGGAUGAGGUUACGUAUUUGGAAGCGUCUCCUAUGUGCCAAGUAAGCACUUCUCUUCCUGCAUCUUGCUCUGGAGUAUUGGGCUGAUGUGUGCCACAAAUA